AUGAGCGAGAUUCGAUUCAACACCGCUUACCUUCAGCAAAACCGUGGAGUGAUUAAGAUUUUUCAAGUGGUCAUUGGAUUUAUCAUUAGUGGAUUGUAUUGUGGAGGAUGGUCAAAAGCUGGAUGUUACGGGUACGGUCAACUCGGCUACACGACAACUGUCAACUCUGUUGUUACCAUCAUCAACAUUGUCUUCUUUGUGUUAAACUUGUUGAACUUGAAGUUCUGGAAACUUGAAAGAAUCUAUGGUAUAAUCUGUGCAGUGCUCUUUUUGGUCGCCUCUGCGUUGAUGAUUUGGUUCCUUGUUGUCGAGACGUCGAAUUACUCAACUACGCAAAUCAUUGGAACGAUUCUUGUCGUCACACAAUUCCUCCUCUUUGUAUGGGAUGUCAAAAUUCUACAAGGAGAAGCUUGGAAC